AGAAGUCAUGCCGACCACCUCUUGGGUCUUGUUGUCUUUCACUCUGGUGUCGACGGCCUCAGCAUUUCAUGUCCCACAGUCUACACUGGGACUGCCGUGCUUGAGGCAAAGAGGUGACAGCGUUUGCUCGUUGAAGAUGCAGAGGAAGGAGGAGCAACGAUCCUUGUUGGAUCGAAGGAAGAUGAGGAGUAGAGCCAUCGGCCGAGACCUCUACACUCCACUCUCCUUCCUCCCUCAAGUUUCUGAGCAGGCGCGGGGAUCAACGGGCAAGACCAAGAAAAAGGAGGAGUCGAUCCCUGAGACUCUAGCGAAGAUGGUUGAAGACUUCUCGACUUCUCUUGACGUGGGAACGGCACGAGCUUGGCUGCUCUUUAUAGUCGCUCUCUCGGGCAUCAACUUUGGAGCGAUCAAGGUGCUUGACGGUGGUUUCUUCGACGGCUCUUCCAUCCUUGCUGUCCGCUUCAUCAUCGCUGCUGCAGUUUUGAGUCCCUGGCUGUUCCGCGCCAAGAAAGAAAUCAUCGUUCCAUCGAUUGAGACUGGCGCAUGGCUUGCUGGCGGAUACUUCGUGCAGUCGGUCAGUCUGACCGGAGGAACUGACUCCGGCGUUGCAGCCUUCUUCGCCUCCAUGACGACCGUCAUCUGUCCCUUCCUCGAGGCCACGACAGGCAUCAGGCUGGAGAGGAGGGCAUGGGCUGCUGCGUUUCUUGCCGUUUGUGGAGCUGCUUGCUUGGAGCUGGGCGGAGGCUCUCUGCCGACAGGAGCAGACUUCUGGGGGAUCCUGCAACCUUUUCUUUUCGGCUUGUAUUUGUUCAAGACAGAGCGGACGGUGCAUGAGAAUCCCUCCCAGGCGCUGGAGAUCACUUCGAUCCAAACGCUCGUCACUGCUGUCAUGAGCUGCGCAGUCGCUGCCGUCGGGCACUGGGACUUGCUGCAUGCCGACGUAGGCGCUGUUCUCCCGUCCUUGCAGGAGUGCCUGGCGCUCUUGUGGAUGGGGAUCAUGUCGUCAGCUUUUGUGUUGGGGAUGGAGACAGUCGUGGUGGGGAAACUCUCGAGCUCUGAGACAGCUCUCAUGUUCUCUACCGAGCCGCUGUGGGCUGCAGCGUUCGGGUCCAUGUUCAUCGGGGAGAGCUUCGGGUGGAACACAGCCGUGGGAGGAGCGCUGGCUAUCACCGCAUGCCUGACAAGAUCGCUUGACAGGAACGCUGUCAGAGUCUUGUCAGUCAAGUUGCGAUCCGUUCCGAGAGCCAUGAGGAAGGCAUUCUCAUCUUGA